AUGGAUGCAAGGAGCACUCCCUACCCUCCGACGACGCCGAGCACCCCGCUCACUGCUUGCUCUUUGUUCUCGUUGCAGAGCUCCCUGGUGGUGCUGGCGGACGCGCAGACGGCCGCGCUCCGCUACUCCGAGGGCGGGUCGCUGUCGGACUCGGGCAUCUCGGACACGGGCUCGGACCAGGAGGCCUCGGAGCGGGAGCGGCGCCUGGCGGGGCUGCGGCGGCUGGCGAGGCAGCUGGAGGCCGUGCUCAGACCCGGCUCCAGCGCGCUGGACGGCAUGCGAGAGCGCAUCCUCCAGGCCGAGGCGGAGCUCCGCGGGCUGCAGCGCGCGUGCCGGGACCUGAUCGUGCGCACGGCCGUGUGCGCCUCCAGGACGGGGCCCGCGGCCGCGGCAGCCGCGACAGAGACCUGCAAGGAGGCGCCGGGUGGCCCCCGCGCCAGGACGAGCGGGUGAGUACCAACGACCAAGGUCAAGGGCUUUCUUUUUUCGCGUUCGCGCCACGUCCCGCCGCCGCGCUGCUGUUCUCGUUGAUCCUGCUGCGGCUCUCUGUGGUCGGGCUGGCGGGGCCGAGGCGGCGGCGGCGGCUUUGGCGGGGUGUUGCGGGCGUGGCGAGGCGCGCCGGGCCCUUUGCCUCGCUCUGCUGGCGCUGCUGCUGGCCAUUUCCCAGCGGUCAAGUGUCCAUCCUGACCGCAGCUUAGGCGAGUCCGCUACCGACCUGCGCAGCCUCGCCACACCGCAAAGCAACAUGUCGUGAGUCACUGGGCGUGCGAACUGGAGCUGUGGCGGGGCGGGGCCGGCGGGGCGCGGCCGUGUUUGACUGACCGCCGCCCAUCAGCGGCCAGCGCUGCAGCCGCGCUGCGCCCGCUGCGCUCUCACGGCGCGGCCAGCGCGGCCCUGCAGCAGCCGCCACCCCUCCCGAAGCUGGGCGCGAUGAGGACCAAGCUGAAGCUGCUAUGAGCGCCCGCACCGGGAUCCGUUUCACUUUCUAUCCGUGCGUUUAUUUUUGGUUUGGCUUUACGGGAACCCCUUCACCAGGUCGCCGCGCAGUUGUGCCGCCGCGGCCGUGGCGGGGCGAGGCGGGGCGGGGCGUGCUGGGGCGUACCGGGCGCGGCACCAGCCGUGGACCAUGGCCUGCGCCAAGGACCCGAGCAGAAUCACGUAGUAGUGGCCUCGUCCUCCUCCUCCCCAUCCCAGCCCUCCUCUGCCCGCCGAACUCCGGGGCUCCCCUCGCACGUGACGACCACAAGUGUCGCUGAGCGCUCG